UCUGGCCAUCUACACCGAUUUCAGAAGACACUCAUCUAUCUGAGUGUGCCAGAGCGAAGAAUAACUGACGAAUUUACGAACGCUCAACACUCGUUGAAUAUGGCCGGUUUCGGCAAAAACGCGUAAUUAAAUUGUUUACAGCAGCACAGUGACAGUCACCAGAUCUCUGGAUAACAUGAACAGCCUAACCAGCUCUGCUAGUAUGUCUGGAAGUAGCUAGCCAACGUUAGCCAGUUAGCGUGGAUGCUUGACUGCCGUUGUGAGAACCCCCUGCAACUGGAUACUGACAUUUAUAAGGCACCCUUUCCCCAAAUCGAGAACGAAGACGUUGUCGCAAGAGCAGUGUCUCAGGUAUGGAUUGGAUAGCUGUGUUCACAUCCUUGGAGGCGGUGUGUAAGGAAAACAUCACUGCUCUGUCUGGGCCUCCUGACUUGCCAUAUGGUGACGUGUCCAGGCGCUUGGUGACAUGCAUGAGAAAGAUUCAGGACCAUGGUCGUGCCCUGGAACCUGUGGUUUCUGGCAUCACUGCAGUCUACCACCACUAUGACUUUGACUCUGAUACCCCUGGGAAUGGGUAUCGCACACUGGUCAAGGUGUUGCAGUCUUGCCUUCUGCACAUCAUCCACAACGGCCGCUACAUUGCCUCUAACUGCCACAGGGCCUUCUUCAGGGCCGACCACAACGCCUCAGAGAUGGAGGCCUAUGGCAGUGUCCUGUGUCAGCUACGGGCCCUCCUCUACAUUGCCCAGGGAAUGCUCCACGACAACAGUCCCGGGCAGCUGUACGGAGAGCAGGACGGAGAGCUGAGCAGGUGGUUGGUGAGGGAGUAUGCCUCCAUGCACAAGGCCUGCUUCUACGGCCGCUGCCUGGGCUUUCAGUUCUCAUCUUCCCUUCGUCCGAUCCUGCAGUCAUUAAUCAUAAGCAUGGUCUCGUUUGGAGAGAGCUACGAAAAACAGCAUUCCGGGUUAGGCAUGGCAGCAUUCUCCCUCCUUACCUCUGGGAAGUAUGUCAUCGAUCCAGAGCUGAGAGGAGAAGAAUAUGAGCGGAUCACCCAGAACUUGGACAUGAAGUUCUGGAAGUCCUUCUGGAACCUCACCGAAUCAGAGCUUGUAUCGGGAUUUGCCAGUUUAACCUCUACCCUAGUGCAAGUGAACCUCACCCUGACCAUACCCCCUGAACCGCUACUCCUCCCCCUGGUCUCAGACCCCCGUCUCUCUACCCCUGUGUCCCCGCCAGUGGCCCACUGGGGCCCUGGACCUGUCAACAUGCGCCUCAUCUCCUAUGAGCUUCGAGAAGGACAGGACAGUAAAGAGCUGCUAGCCUUCGCUCGUACAGAAGCUCCACCCAUUUCCCUGUCUUUAGUACCGUUUGGUGCCCAGAAGCGACCUCCUUCCCCCUGGCUGUUGAUCCACUUCCAUGGAGGAGGCUUCGUGUCCCAGACCUCCAAAUCCCAUGAGAACUAUCUGAAGAGCUGGUCCAAGGAUCUGAAUGUCCCCAUCCUGUCUGUGGAUUACUCCUUGGCACCUGAGGCCCCCUUUCCCAGAGCCCUGGAGGAGUGCUUCUACGCCUACUGUUGGGCCCUCAAGAACUGCCAUCUUCUGGGCUCCACUGCUGAGCGUGUGUGUCUGGCUGGGGACAGUGCUGGGGGGAACCUCUGCAUCACUGUGUCCAUGAGGGCCAUUGCCUGCGGUGUGCGCAUCCCUGAUGGAAUUAUGGCUGCAUAUCCUGCUACACUGCUCACCAUUGAAGCCUCGCCCUCCCGCCUUCUCACCAGCUUUGACCUACUGCUGCCCUUAGGGGUGCUCUCCAAGUGUAUCAACGCCUACACAGGUGUAGACUCUGAGACGGUUCAGCCUACAGAGGGGAUCAGCACGUUGAGCGCUCUAGGUAGAGACACCGCCUCGCUGAUCAGUGACCUCUCACACGGGGCGUCCAAAUGGAUCCAGUCCUUCAUUCCCGCAGAGGUCCUAGGGUCAUGGUCAUGGUCUCACCGGAGGUCCUUGGACAACAAGGCCCACCAGAGAUCAGUGUUGCCAUGUUCACCCGACUCCUCCUCAGGCCCCAGGGACUACCCGGAAGGCUUUGAGCCCCUGCGCUCCGAGCGCCUGUCUGUGAUCCAGCCGCCUAGCUGUCCCACCGCCAAGAACCCGUUUGUGUCACCCCUGCUAGCCUCUGACGACCUACUGCGUGGACUACCACAUGUACACUUAGUGGCCUCUGCACUGGAUGCUUUGCUGGAUGACUCUGUGAUGUUCGCCAGGAAACUGCGGAAUAUGGGCCAACCAGUGACCCUAAGGGUCGUGGAAGACCUCCCACAUGGCUUCCUUAGCCUAUCGGGAUACGCAGAGGAGAUAAAGGUGGCCUCCGACAUCUGCGUAGAGCGAAUCAGGGAGGUCUUCCAGCAGAAAACUCUGCCUUCCUGUACUCGCAAGUGACCAAUGUUUGAAAGGAAUAAUAAUGGGGCUGACCAUCUGCCUAAUAAAACCAAGGGGAAAACUGGUUGUUGUCCUCACAAAAGUGAAAGAGAACACCCUUGCCUUUCUUGCACUUUUCUGACUAGCACUGACUGAAUGCUGCUUUAUUGAGGAAAGCAUUUUCUAAUUAUGAGUGAUAUUUGAAGUUACUGGCUAAAGAGCAUCUGCUGAGGGUGAUGUCAAUGCUCACAGUUUAGUGUUUUUUAGUCCAGGAAAGGGUCAUGUCAUUUGUAAUCAAUUAAAUGUCAUAUUGCUUAAGGUUUGAGAACAAUACUGACACACAAAUGCAAUUUCACACAUUUUUAUUGAGUUUAAAAAUAUAUAAAAAACACUUGAGUGUCAGAGGGUGAGAGAGACGUUGAGUGUCCUGGGAGGCUGUGGCUUUAGCGAGGGGCUUUAUAUGGGCUUAACAACCGUGUCUCCCUGUGGCAGAAAAGACGCCACGCUAGACACCUUCACUUCAGGCUUAUGGGGUAAACCUUCCCAUACCUGUGAGCCUCAGACAACAAUAACACAAUGCUGGGAUGUCCUGUAUACCCAACCGUAUACCCUACCAAAAAAAGCUGAUACCAAUUAAUCAGCAGAUUUAAAAAAAAAAAUACAAAUGUAUACAUAUAUUUGUAAUAAUGACAAUUACAACAAUACUGAAUGAACACUUUUAUUUUAACUUAAUAUAAUACAUAAAGUCAAUUCAAAUCAAAGUUUUUGUCACGUGCGCUGAAUACAACCGGUGUAGACCUUACAGUGAAAUGCUUAAGCAAUUUAGUGUCAAAUAAAUAAUGAAACCUGUUCAAUUUGGUUUAAAUAAUGCAAAAACAGUGUUGGAGAAGAAAGUACAAGAGCAAUAUGUGCCAUGUAAAAAAAGCUAACGUUUAAGUUCCUUGCUCAGAACAUGAGAACAUAUGAAAGUUGGUGGUUCCUUUUAACAUGACUCUUCAAUAUUCCCAUUUAAGAAGAUUUAGGUUGUAGUUAUUAUAGGAAGAAUGACGCGUCGACUAUUUCUCUCUAUACCAUUUGUAUUUCAUAUACCUUUGACCAUUGGAUGUUCUAAUAGGUACUUUAGUAUUGCCAUCCUAAUCUCAGGAGUUGAUAGACUUGAAGUCAUAAACAGCACUGUGCUUCAAGCAUUGCUAAGAGCUACUAGCAAACGCAGUAAAGUGCUGUUUGAAUGAAUGCUUACGAGCCUGCUGCCGCCUACCACCGCUCAGACUGCUCUAUCAAAUCAUAGACAUUAUAUUAUAAUUAACACAGAACUAUGAGCCUUUGAUCAUUAAUAUGGUCAAAUCCGGAUACUAUCAUUUCGAAAACAAAACGUUUAUUUCAAUGAAAUACGGAACCGUUCUGUAUUUUAUCGAAUGGGUGGUAACCCUAAGACUAAAUAUUGCUGUUACAUUGCACAACCUUCAAUGUUAUGUCAUAAUUGUGUAAAAUUCUGGCAAAUUAAUUACGGUCUUUGUUAGGAAGAAAUGGUCUUCACACAGUUCGCAAGACCCAGGCAGCCCAAACUGCUGCAUAUACCCCGACUCUGUUGCACAGAACGCAAGAGAAGUGACGCAAUUUCCCUAGUUAAUAUUGCCUGCUAACAUGCAUCUAUUUUAACUAAAUAUGCAGGUUUAAAAAUUAUUUUAAGUAAGGUAUUGAUGUUCAUGGUUAGGUGCAUUUGUGUAACAAUUGUGCUUUUUUUCGCAAAUGUGCUUUUGUUAAAUCUUCCCCCGUUUGGCUAAGUAGGCUGUGAUUCGAUGGUAAAUUUAACAGGCAACGCUUUGAUUAUAUGCAACGCAGGACAAGCUAGUUAACCUAGUAAUAUCAUCAACCAUGUGAAGUUAUGUGAAGAUUGUUUUUUAUAAGAUACGUUUAAUGCUAGCUAGCAACUUACCUUGGCUCCUUGCAGCCACAAGGUCCUUUUGAUGCUCCACUCGCGUAACAGGUGGUCAGCCUGCCACACAGUCUCCUCGUGGAUUGCAAUGUAAUCAGCCAUAAUCGUCAUAAAAAAGUCUGAUUACCGACUGUUAUGAAAACUUGAAAUCGGCCAUAGUUAAUCAGCCAUGCCGAUUAAUCGGUCGACAGCUCAUCUCUUGGUCACAGAUACUUAAAAAAAAAAAUAAUGGGCCUCGUGAUCUCUUCACGGUAUUCUUGUUCAUUCAAAUUGCCAUCGAUAAAAUGCAAUUGUUUUUCUGUACCUUAUGCCUGCCCAUACCAUAACCCAAUUGAUGCCAUGGGGCACUCUGUUGUGAGGCUCCGACUGGCACUCUGUUGUGAGGCCAAAUUCUACUGCCAAAUUCUCUAAAAUGAUGGAGGUGGCUUAUAGUAGAGAAAUUAACAUUAAUUUCUGGCAAGAGCUCUAGUGAGCAUUCCUGCAGUCAACAUGCCAAUUGCACACUCAACUUGAGACAUCUGUGGCAUUGUGUUGUGAGUGGCCCUUUUGUCUUAUUGUCCCCAGCACAAGGUGCACUUGUGUAAUGAUCAUGCUGUUUAAUUUGAUUCUGAUAUGCCACGUGUCAGGUGGAUGGAUUAUCUUGGCAAAGGAGAAAUGCUCACUAACAGGAAUGUAAACAAAUUUGUGCACAAAAUGAGAGAAUUAAGCUUUUUGUGGGUAUAAAAACUUUUUGGGAUCUUUUAUUUCAGCUCAUGAAACAUGGGACCAACACUAAAACAUCUUGUGUUUUAUAUUUUUGUUCAGUGUAGUUGCUUAUAUCUUGUGUGCCCGAUGAUGCCCCUCAUCCCUUAUUCUGUACUGGGCUUGCAAUAUUAAGUGCGCCAAGUGUGAUCUCAAUAAAAUGAUUCAUCGUCUAGUCUUUCUCAAACCCGCGCCGGUCCAUGGAGGAAUACAUGCUGGCCUGGAGUGUAAUUGUAUUGAAUAUGAUUUAGUUGGCUUUUUUGUGGUCUGCGGCAUAUUGGACUGAUAUAAAUACUUGCCUUGGGCCUACUUGCAUAAUGCACUGAACAAAGCACUUGCCGCAUUAAACAAAUUGUUGGCAUGACUGUGUUUAGCUACACCACACAGGCUAGCUCUGCUGCGCAGCCUGCAUUCUUAUUAAAAAAUUGUACCUUCAACUAGGCAAGUCAGUUAAGAACAAAUUCUUAUUUACAAUGACGGCCUACCCCGGCCAACGCUUUGCCAAUUGUGCGCCGGCCUAUGGGACUCCCAAUCACGGCCGGAUGUGAUACAGCCUGGAUUCGAACCAGGGACUGUAGUGCCUCUUACAAUGAGAUACAGAGCCUUAGACUGCUGCGUCACUCGGGAUCCCAAAUAACAGCUGCCUGACAAAACCGGUCUGUGUGAUGUGUCAAGAUGCUAUUGUAAAGAACCUGUAAGGACACAGAAACCCUCACGUUGUUUGUUGACUAGCAUUAACACUGAUUUCCCAUUAAAUAAUCACAUUUUAUUUGAAUGAACAUACAGUGCACACCAAAACUGACCAACCGCACACCAAGCAUUCCCAAAUACUCUCCAACAUGCCUUCCGCAUCAUAACAUACAGCAACUAAUUUGCAUAACAUUGUGUGAUAGGCUGAGAGACUUUAGAAUGUAUAAAACAUUACCUUACCCCCUCAUGCUCGGAAACAACGCCAAAGGAAGGUUUGAGCCAGUUGUAGUGUAUCACGGUAUGAUAAGGUCCAUUACACUGUACUACUUCAUACAGCACCUCUGACAGUUUAUUUGACAUUUUGAAAGGACCCUUCAAUUUCUUUCUCAGUUUGAGUGACAACCCCUUUUCCCUCUGGUAGUCUCUAAGCCACACAUUAAUUUUCCUCAUACCUCUGGGGUGUCACCUUUAGAAUCCAAGUAUUGCUUUUGUUUACCUGUGGCUUUUAUGUGAUUUCUCUUUACAGAUUCCCUUACAGUGCUUAAAUACCCUUUUACCUUUUGCACAUGAGAAAAAUACUGUUCCCCUUCAUUUUGUGUUCCCAUAACCACAUCAACCAAUGAAGUCAUUUCAGCACCAAACAGCACCCUGUAUGGUGUGAACCCGUGGAAGAUUGAAGGCUACUCCUGUAUGACAUCAUCACAUAUGGGAGUAUCUCAUCCCAAUUUCUUUGAUUGUCAGCAUGUUGAUCAGAGUUCUGUUCACUCUAUCCAUUAAACCAUUUGAUUGUG